GAGAAACGUCAGCGCGGAAGAGAGGGGUUCAGGAGAGGGGCAGUGAGCGAGCGGAGCGCGGCUGCGCUGACGUGACGUCCAGUUCGAUACAUUAUCGGAACGUGGUGACCGUUGUUGCAUUUGGGAGCGCGCGCGGCUGCGAUGACGUGCCGUCCAGUUCGAUACAUUAUCGGAACGUGGUGACCGUUGUUGCAUUUGGGAGCGGGACGGGGCAAGGAACGCCUCGAGCUUUGCCCCGCCGGUGACGAGAGGGAAGCACGCUCCGCUUGAUUGGCCGGUCGAUCGGAAGAUUGGCGAAGGUGAACAGGAGGCUGCAAACUGAUUGGAUGGGGUCGAUUGGGGCGAUGACGCGAGCGUCGCUGACUUGCUGGCCCCGUGGAGUGACAGGGGGCUGGUGGUGGAAGCGGGCUGUUCCGGCUUUAGUUGCGGCUGGGGCAGCCAAUUGGUGCCGACGGCCUCCUCUGCAGUGUCGCCCUAGUUCGGUAGCAAGCCAGCACUCCUGGUCCGUUGGGAAAAGGAGCACAGUAGCCAUGCCGGAAAUAAACACUGACAACCUGGAUGCAAAACAGGUCCAGCUCUUGGCUGAAAUGUGCAUCCUGAUCAACGAGAAUGACAUUAAAACUGGAGCAGAUACAAAGAGGAAUUGUCACCUUAAUGAAAACAUUAAUAAAGGUUUGCUCCACAGAGCCUUCAGUGUUUUCAUCUUCAACAGCGAGGGGAAGCUUCUGCUGCAGCAGCGAUCCGACGCCAAGAUCACUUUUCCUGGUUGUUUUACAAACACUUGCUGCAGUCACCCACUUAGCACGGCAGCAGAAAUGGAGGAGAGAGAUGCAAUUGGUGUAAGACGAGCAGCCCAGCGCAGGUUAAAAGAAGAGUUUGGCAUCCCCAUGCAACAGGUCCCGUUAGAAGAGAUGAAUUACUUGACCCGUAUUCACUACAAGGCUCAGUCUGAUGGGAUCUGGGGAGAGCAUGAAAUUGACUAUAUAAUAUUUAUACAGAAGGAUGUAACUUUGAAACCUGACCCAAAUGAGAUCAAAAGUUACUGCUACGUGACAAAAGAGGAACUGAAGGACCUACUGGAGAAAGCAGAAAACAAAGAAGUGAAAAUCACACCAUGGUUCAAACUUAUUGCUGAGAAGUUUCUCUUUACAUGGUGGGACAGUCUGCAUAAUCUUAAGCAGUUCAUUAACCAUGAGGAAAUUCACCGAAUGUAAAAUACUUUAUUGGUUACUGAAUUCCCUUGAAGAGAACUAACCAAUGAAGUCACUAAUUUUUGUAAAUCAUUCACAUUGGAAUUUACAGAGAAGCAGCUGUUGUGCUCAGUAACAUGCAAAUGAAACCCGAGUGGGGUACUGGUUUUCAGGAAAAUGUAGUAAUUGUCUAAGGUAAUUGUUCUACAAGAUGUUCAUUUAAUUGAGGUGUAUUCAAGUUUAUGUAUCAGCCAUAUGCAGAGCUGUACUGACACGCGAGUUAUAAAUUUGUAAACACUCUAUUGAGGUUUUUUGUCAAUUAUGAGCAUCCUGUUUACAGUUAAAUAGCUCUAUAUAGAUUUCAGUUGUAUGUGGAUACAUGCUUUGAUAAUAAAUAAAAUGAAUGAAACCCA